GUGGUACGAAGACGCCCGACGAUCGUGUGAUCAGGCACGAUUCAAGAUGGCGGCUUUAUUGAGGCAAUCAUUAUAUCGUGUUGGUGUAGUUGCAUCAGGGCAGAGGUUGUUUGUAAAUUUGCACAAGCUACAAAAUGGUUCGGCUUUUGUACGUUCGCAGUGCUUCCAGAAGUCAGUAUUCCCACUGACGCAAAAAAACUAUUUUCAUUCAAGUUGUUUACUUCAGAAUCAAACAGUUGAAAAAACAGAAGAAAUUGGGUCACCUCACUGGAAAAUGUUUCGGUAUAUUUCUGUGCUUAUGAUUGGCAUAUAUCCUGCAGCCAUUCUUGCUCCAACACCAGUUAUGGAUUGGGCAAUAACAAUAUUCUUCCCUCUACAUUCAUACUGGGGCACCAAAGAAAUAUUGUCAGAUUACCUUCCUGAAAUCUUUUCAACCAAGGCUGUGACAACAACAGCUGUGUACAUUUGGGCAGGCGUAUCAGCAUUAACAUUUCUUGGUUUAGCAUAUUUGAACAUUUACGAUGUUGGUGUUUGCAAAGCUGUUGCAAUGUUGUGGAAAUUAUAACUAUCACAAUUUAUAUACUAUUGAAAGAAACUGCUUUGUUAUGUGUAAUUUCUGUUUGCAUGUAUGUACAGUAUUUCAGGCUGUAUAGUUCAGGAAUUGGUGAUUAUUAAUAUUAUAUACCAUUAUGUUUAUUUAGCUUGAAUUAUUAUUAAAGCAGUAGACAUACUCAUACUAUAUAGCUUUAACAUCACUACAUUCCAAAACGGAAGUAAUUAGUAUUCAGGGUAUGUUUUAAAUGAUCUAUAAUUGAAUGUAGUUAAUUUUCCUCACUGAGUGAUUUUCGUACUAUGGUGU